CAUGUGACUUCCUCUCAGUCUCUGGCUCCACUCUGUCAAACAGGAAGUCACUCUUUUUGUCUCUACUUUUUUGUCCUCUAGCAGUGACAACAGAGUGAUAGGAGCCGCUGAAUUCUGCAUUGGUACCCGUCUCUCCACUUUUGACCACAACGAAUUGCAGGGGGAACCAUAGAGGAACAAUGUUACGGCGAAAACCUUCCAACGCCUCAGAGAAGGAGCAGGUGCUGGAGAAGGUGCAGAAGAAGAAGCUCACCCUGCAGAGGUCCAGCAGCUUCAAGGACUUCAUGAAGCCCAAGUCCCCUGUAGUGCUGGACAAGGAGUUCAAUUUGGACUACACAGUGCCGGAGGAUGUGUCUGAGGAGGAGGCAGUGAAGAGUGGCAGUAAGCAGGGGAAGAAAUCGUGGCGUAACGUCAUCUCACGCACCAUGACCCGUAAAACCUCCAAGAGGGUACAGAAGGCUCUGGCAGAGGGGGGGGAAAGUGGUGAGGAGGGCUCCCCGUCCCCCACCACAGACUGGAUGCCAGACCUGACAGCAGGCAAUAGGACCUCCGUGUGCUCCACAGGCUCAGAGGACACCAUCUACAGCCCCCUCGCUCGCCAGCUCUCUGGGUGUGGGGACCGUCAGAGCCUAGACAGUGGCUACAGCCAGAGAGACAGCAUGAGGCUGGAGGAGUCCAGUCCUCCCUACACAGGCCCCUUCUGUGGUCGCGCCCGCGUCCACACAGACUUCAUCCCCAGCCCCUACGACAUUGAGUCCCUCAAGCUCCAAAAAGGUGACAUCAUCCAGAUAAUUGAGAAAGACCCGGUGGGCACAUGGACGGGGAAGCUCAACAACAAGGUGGGCACCUUUAAGUUCAUCUACGUCAACAUCCUACCGGACGAGACCACACCGCCCAUGAGGAAGAGGUGCUCCGGCAAGAACCGCCGCUCCAUGGCCAAAGACAAGCCCCAGACCCUGGAGGAAGUUCUGGAGAGGAUCGGUCUCAUCGAGCUGGGCUCUUUGCUGUCUAUGCAUGGCUUCCAGAGCCUGGAGGACUUUAGCGGACUGAAGGAGUCCCACCUCAAUGAGCUCAACAUCACAGAUGCUGAACAACGUACAAAGAUCCUGAAUGCUACUGAGCUGCUGCGUGAAUCGGAUGAUGAGUCUGAGCCAGAGGAGGAGGUAAGUAGCGUUGAGGAGAAGGGUGAUGUACCCAGGGACUCGGGCUGCUUCGAGAGCACAGAAAACCUGGAGAACGGGCGCCAUGAACCAGAGGGAGAGCCAGGUACAGAGCAGAAGUCUAACCGGGAGCCAGAGCAGCACCAGGUUGAAGAGGGGCAGCUGAGUUCUGUUGAGGAGCAACUGCAGGAGCUUACAGUGGAUGUGGUGGUCACCUGAAUACUGAAGAGAGGCUCUGGAAUUGAUGAGCCUUGGUUGGUUGACUGUACUGAUGGACAUUUUAUCAAAAGCCAACGACAAUUGGUUGAUUGAUUCAAACUAUCAGGAUAGAGUGAUAGUCAGGAUUAAGCCAUAUAUAUUGAGAGGGAGUGUCUUUUCAUUUGUGGCCUGCACACUUUUAAAACAAAGGUCACAAGGCAGCAGCUGGAGCUUCACCAGUAACUGUUGGAAAUGUUUUGGAAGAAUACAAGACUUUGAAAGCUUGGUGUGGUUGUAAAUAUUAAUAUUAAUUGAUUGCGCAAGUGUCAUCCUUUUCACUGAUACCAUGUCAUUUGAGCAGGCCUGAGUGGAUUUUGUAUCAACUCAGAGCCUUCUUGUCAUCUUUCCAGGCUACUAUUAGUUCUGACAUGGAUAUUAAAGACCUUAGUGAGGACAUACAAAUUGAAAUAUUCUUCUAUGUGUUUCUGACCUGAUAUGGUCACGUAUUUCAUAUUCCCAUCAACGGAUAGGUAGGAAAUAUACAUUUUCUGUCACUUUAAAAAAAUCCUUUAUUCUGUCAAGCUCUGUUUAUUUUUAACAUUUUAAUUGUGUUGAUGUGUAAUGUUUUUUUGCAUCCGUUAUUUGGGAAAUAAACUUAAAUAAAACCAUUAA